UCGUCCACGGAAGGUUCAACUGCGUCUAGUCUGUAAACAGGCAAAGCAAUGGCGGGUUGUACGGAAUGGUGCGAAAAGAGCCAGAAAAAUAAGAUGCAAACGAACACUCUCCUGAGCGGUAUAACGACACUCAUAUUGUGCGGAAUAUUUGUUGGAUGUAGCAUCUUCAAUGUUCACAUCCGAUACCAAACCUGGACUUUCAACCAGCCGGAUUCGGUGAUCCUGCUGAUUAUAAACCUGUUCUACAUAGCUGCAAUACUAGGUUCUUUCGCCGGGGCCAUACUCGUUAAUCACAUCGAGAAGCUCCUUAUUUCGAGAAUCUACCUCAUGCUCAUCGCCAUCGCCAGCAUCCUACAGAUUAUUGUCCCAAAAAGCAUCGUCGGAACUGCAUUCGCUCGGAUCUUUGCCGGAUCGGCCUACGGGCUGGCCUACCUAACCGUGCUCGUCCAUGGUGGGGAAGUGCUUGUUAAAGAAUUUCGUGGUAUGGUUAUAGCAGCCAUCAAUCACGUACUGUUUCUCGGAAUUCUAGCUCACGGAACCGUUAGCCCGGUGGUUCUGACCGAUUACGAUUUGGAAUCAAACCGCAUCAUUGGUAUUGCCGGGCUCACAUUUGCACUGCUAGCCGCCCUGAUCGGACAGUUUAUGACCUACGAAUCGCCGAUAUUUCUGGUGCAGAAAGGACGGGAUGCCGAAGCGAUUCAAUCGCUGAUGAAACUAUCGCUGGAGUCUAGGGAAACCAUUGAGAUUCGGGAUGCCUACAUUGACAUUAAAGUGAUGCUGCAGGAAGAUUCGUUCGCUUCGCAAUCGAUUUUUACCGAUGGAAAUUGGAGACCACUUCUGUUGCUCAGUCUAGGCAAGAUUGCCGCUGUUCUAUCGUUUAAUGCAGCGGUUAAUCAAAUCCAAUUGAUUGUCGUUGAUCAGUUGUACGACUUGCAAUACUAUAGCAUAUCAGGAGCAAUCAUUCUGGGGAUUAGAUUCCUGCUAGGAAUCCCAUUCGUUUACACGGUAGACAUCUUCGGUCGGAGACCCCAACAGGCACUGUCUGCAUUGCUAAGUGGAGCUGUUUUGACGGCCAUGGGAAUCGUGUACUUGGUGACGGACAGUGUAAACCCAAAUGUUGGGGGAUCUAUCUUUCUAACGUAUGCUUUAGUGGCUUGUACAGGGGUAACUUUAGUGCCAGAUAUUCAUCUAUCGGAAGCUUUCCCCACCCAGAAAAAGGCUCUAUCGAUCGCUGUCGUGCAGUUGGUGGAAAAUGGUGUUCAAAUAUUAAUCCUUUCCGUUACGUUUUCGUUGGAUCUUACACAUUCGGACAAUUACGGGGGCAUACUUCUGUCGUGUGGAGUUCCAUUGAUGGUGAUUGCUGUGGUACUGUACGUACUGCUUCCAGAAACGAUAAAACUGACACUUCGGCAGUCUAGAGCAGCUUUCGCACGCAAAGAGUCUCUCUACGAAAUGGAUCCAGUGUCGAAAGAUAAUCUCAGUUAUUAA